UUGUCAGUGGCGCAGCCGGAAGUCACACAGACGCCACAGACGCCACAAAGCCUGAAGACUGACCGCGGAGCAGCGACGGUUUCACGGACUCUGGCUGCUGCUGUUUGGAAGUUGCUUUGUGCAUCUUUGUGUGUCUGAGACAUCACCGUUGAGCGUGUGUGCGACUGGGUGCGUGUAGCGCCGUUCUGCAGCGUGCGCGAUGUCUUCAGAGCUGCUGGUGGAUUUUGGAGAUGACCCUGCGACGGCACAGCUCGGACAGCUGAAGCUGGCCACGAUAGAGAACCAGCAGUGGCCCGCUGAUGAGUCGACUAUCAGCAAGUCAGCGACAGACCUCUCCCAGGGCUUUGACAGUGGCUCUCCCCACCUGCCCUGGAACCAUCCCUUCUAUGACAUCGCCCGCCAUCAGAUCAUUGAAGUGGCAGGUGAUGAUAACUUUGGCAGGAAGGUGAUAGUGUUCAACGCCUGCAGGAUGCCCCCACACCAUCAGCUGGACCAUCACAAGCUGCUGAUGUAUCUUAAAGGAACACUGGAUCAGUAUGUGGAAAGUGACUACACUCUGAUCUAUUUCCAUCAUGGGCUGACCAGCGAAAACAAACCAUCUCUCAGCUGGCUACGAGAUGCAUACAGGGAGUUUGACAGAAAGUAUAAGAAGAACAUCAAGGCUCUGUACAUUGUCCAUCCCACCAUGUUCAUCAAGACUCUGCUGAUCCUCUUCAAACCCCUCAUCAGUUUUAAGUUUGGCAGGAAGAUCAACUACGUGAGCUAUCUGAGUGAGCUGGAGGACGUGGUGAAGUGUGAGCAGCUGCUUAUUCCAGCACGUGUCAAAGAGUACGACAACAAGCUGAGAGCGUCUCUGAAACCUACCGCCCAGCCUCCUAUGUCUCCUCCUCGCAGCCCUCCGCUCCCCAACCAGGUGUUUGGGGUGCCACUUGCAUUGCUCAGAGAGAAUAGUCCAGACGGUGAUUCAGUUCCUGUGGUGAUGAGAGACACAAUAGGAUUCCUUUCAGAACAAGGUUUGGAGAUUGAGGGAAUAUUCAGAAGGUCUGCCAACGUCACUCUGGUGAAGGAGGUCCAGCUGAAAUACAACUCAGGUGCGCCAGUGAAUUUCAGAGAGAUUGAAGACGUCCACUUGGCUGCCGUGAUUCUAAAAACAUUCCUGAGGGAGCUGCCCGAGCCUCUGCUGACCUACCAGCUCUACAACGACAUUGUCAACUUUGCCACUGUAUCCAGUGACAACCAGGUGACGGUUAUGAAGACGCUGGUCGAGUCACUGCCUGAGGAAAACUACACAUCGCUGCGAUACCUUGUCACGUUCCUAGCACAGGUGUCAGCCAACAGUGAGGUGAAUAAAAUGACCAACAGUAAUCUGGCAGUUGUGUUCGGUCCGAACCUGCUCUGGGGGCGGGACAACGCCAUGUCACUGAGUGCCAUCGGGCCGAUCAACAACUUCACCAGAACCCUGCUGGACCAACAGCAUCUGAUCUUCACUUAAACCAACACACCACUGUGACCCGCCUUCUCAUACAGCAUUUACUCUGACCGAUCAGCAGCUUCAUCAGGGUACACCCCCCCCCCCCAUCAGCAGCACUUACACAAAACCACUUCAUCUGCUUUUCAAUGAAAAUACCAUAAAAAUACUGAAAAUAUCCUGCAAUAUCUUCCAUUCUUCCCAUUAGCUGUCAUGUCAAGCUUGUGAUACCAUUUCCAUGAGCCUCACAUACACGAACAUACUAGACUGUAGUACAUACAUGGAACAUAUUAGACUGUAGCCCUCUGUAAUCAAAAGUUCAACAGCCAAUCAGAAGGUGACUUUCCACAUUGAUUUUACUGUGGAGGUUUAAAAUCCAAACGGCAGGUCGUGUGUUUUUCCCGUCGCAUGUAGCAGUCGUCAUGAGGUGCACGAUCAAAUGUUACAGCAUUUUAUUACUUAAGUCCAUAAUUUGUAUAUGUUGCAAAGGGUUGUGCCUCUUUGACUGACAGAGAUGACAACUGUCACAGUGAUGUUAGUGUUGCACUUACUUAAAGUCUUACAGGAGUGAAGCAGCAGAGGCCACGAUGUCCUGGAUUUUAAUCACUUCCUCCAAUCUCUAGAAAAAGGCAUCCAUGUUGUACGUUUCCCUGAUGCAGUUUAUUGAGGUCUCUUAUCAGCCCCUGCCUAGUAAACCUGCACUUUGAACCCACAGUACUCCCCCAGUUCAUAACUCAGGCUUUCAGUGAUAAAUCUGAUUAUUAGGCAAUGAGAUAACCCUGAUGAGUAAUUUCUCAGAUGAUGAGUAGAAUGAACUUUAUAGUUAUCAGUGCUAAACCUCAUGUGAACUACAAAUUAAUUCACCGUCAUGUGACACAUUCCCUCAGCAGAAGUCAGUUAACAUGAACGCAACGUCAGACUGCAUAAGGAAGUGAAAUUAAAUGGCAUCACAAUGCCAGCACGCUAUAAAUUGCUGUAACAUAAUAAAAGUUUCUCUCAGUCAGAACCUGUCUAAGUCACCAAAGUGACAAACAUGUUUUUAAACUAACAACACAAACAAUUAUAAUCUCUUGCGUCUUUGUCGAACACACUCGUUGAACUGGCGGAGUAUUAAGGCCAUGUUUCAGAAAAAAACAUGGUAAGUAAAGUCAUAAUUUUACAAUAAAAAAGUCGUAAUACUACAAGUAUCGUCUCAAUUAUAACUCUAUUCUCAUACUAUUACAUAUUUAUUCUAGUGAUAUUCUGACUUUAUUCUUGUUAACUUACGACUUGAGUUUCUUCUCAAUAUAGACUUUAUUCUAGUAGUAUUGCGACUUUAUUCUUAAACCUCAUUUUUCUUUCUUCCACGGGGCCAUAAUACUCUGUCGUCUUAAAUAUUCAGUGCUGAUGGGAAAGGGAAAAUCUGUCCUGGCCCAGAGGCAGCAAAUCCCCAAAUCAUGAUUUCUGUCUCAACUGUGCUCCACCUUAGUGACGAUGUUUUCAUGUGUGUGUAUGUGGUUCCCUUUUUACACCACAUGUAGGUAGAUCUGUAGUUUUCCCCAAAAUAAUUCAACCUUUAUGUUUUAUCAGUUAAAAUCGAUUGUGCUAGUUCACAAUUGUAAUUUGAUUGAAGAUCUGACCAUAGUUUCAGACAUUUUCUCCUCAUCACAGCCAACCAACCAUUCAGAACCCCCACUACUAACUACUAAUGCAUGUGUUUGUACCUGUUUUCGUGUGUUUCUCAGGCCCGACCUGAACACAGUGUGGCUCAUCAUCUUUUAUCUCUGUAGGGAGAUUAAUAGCGACUGGACUUAGACAUCUUCAGUCUCUGUGUUUACGUGCUGUGCUGUGUUGUGCUGUCAGUCUUCCCUCCUGCUCCUUUCUAACAAAAAAAUGGCCUCCAGCUUCACAGAGAGACACAGAGAGCAGGGUUGGUAAUAUAUAAAUCUAUAAUAACUACAGAUAAUGAGAGAAUGCAGGUAUUUAACCUUUUAUGAUCCCAGAGUAAAGAGAAGAGAGAUGAAGUCUCAGGUUAACUUAUAACUCGGUGAACUUGGUACCAAACGUUGUGUGUGGACAAUCUAUGAAACGCUGUAAUGACAGCAGAUCAAGAUCUGAGCAUGGGUUAAAGCCCAAACACAGAUUUGUGGACAUAGUUUGCUGAACUCUACUAUAUCCUAAUAUUUGACGUUUGCUUCUUCAUAGCUCUUUCCUUCCUAUAUUUGUUUUAGUAUUAAUAAGAAGACAAUAACCUUUGACUUUUCCCCCCUGCUACAACAUAACACUGACUUAACUUUCAUCAUAGCUCGUCAUAGGAGCUGUUUUAAUGGUACUGUAUAAACAGCUGACACAACUCCAUAGAAUGAAAUUCAACAUUCAGUAGCACAAACACAGAAAGUACAGCACCUCUUUUACCUCAAGCGGCAGAAAGAACCAGCUCUUAACUUUUAAUUUCUAUUAUUUCCAGUUAAUGCCUCCAUUUUUCUUUUUUUUUUUACAGUCAAAAGUAUUCAAGAAUUUCUAUAUUAUUGGCCGUAAUUGUGGCAGUUUUGCAGGAGGAAGUGAGGUACACUGAUGUAUAUGUAGGUCAGUGAAGCGCAACAGGGUGCUGGGGAUGACUCUGUGCACUGUUGGGCUUUCAGGAUUUUAAUGUGAUAAUGAUAAAAAUGAACAAUCACAAAAUGGUGUUACACAAAGUUCUUACAUCUUAGACAGAGAAUAUUUCAUCCUUUUGAACUCUCUCAACAAGGGUAGAUCUUCCCCCUCUGUACUCUCCUACUAAUGUAGAAUUCCCUGUAGAUGUAACUAGGGAUUUCUGGGUAUUGAAGUCUAAAGCAUUUUAAACUAUGACACUAAACUGCCCCACGACCAGUGUUUCCCAGCUCAGCGUUAGUACUCUUCAGUAGCUGCUGCCUGUUUGAGGCUUGUGCACUUAAAAAACUGACAGUGGUUGCGUGAGUUUGUUGUCAUUUAUUCUGGUCGUGCUGCAUUGCCUCUGUGCAUUCUGGAUCUUUCAGUCUCUUUGUACAGCCGAGAAAAAUAUUUGACGUGAGCGAAGUCACCGAUAGGAGUCGUGAGGUAUUUUGCUCUGUAUUUGCCUUAUGUUGUGUGGUUGAUGGUGCACAGCUGAUGUAUGAUGGUAUGUGUGCGUGUGCUCUCUCUUCGUGGUGCAGGGUCCUCUGGGCUGAUUGGGGCUGGGCAGUAAAACAAAAUCAAUAAUAAGAUAACUUUCAUCAACAGCAAUGAAACAAAUCAAGAUAGUUGUUUUGCAGUUGUUUUUCAUUCAUUCUGCUUCUAUUUGGAGGAACUCUCCUUCCGUAUAUUCUGGCUCAGACAAGUUGGCACGGCUGUUGAAGUCAAAGGCUUCAUCGACGUUGUCCACAUCCGAAAAAGAUUCAGCCAUGAUGGCUGCUCUCAGUAAAAUCCAAACUCCUCUCAAUGUAAGUGGGACUUCUCGUUGAUGAUGCCGGACUCUUAGCAAAGACCCCUAAUAAUAAUUUCACUCCAGUCUUCCCUGUAAGCACUUUAUCUAAGAGAGACACACUGAAUACCUGGUUGUAGUCUGAGGUGCAUCAUCAAGCUUUAUAUUUUCUCGUCAUUCCGUUUCCAAAGCCUUAAUUUCAAGACAAUUUACCGCCAUCUGUCUCCAAAGUCAGCUCAUCCAAAGUUCUGCAUUCUGUGUCAAAUUCAAACAACUAUUCAGGUUUGAGCAGCUCAGUGUACUUUGUUGUCAAGUGUGUGUGUUAUAUAUAAAACUUUAGCUGUAAGUCACAGCUGUUACCCAUUUUCCCUUUUUGACCCUGAUCCCUUUAUUCCUGCAGCCAUGCAGUUUGUGUGAAGACUCAAAGGGGCCAAACACUGUCGAAUCCGUUGUCCUUUAUUUCGUCAGUGGUGAAAAUCCUAGCAGUGAGUAAAUACUGGUGUCGUAACGUUCCGAUUGUUAUGAUGGGACGUGACUGAAAACAUCAUAAAAUCUAAGAUACAGUUUGACCGAAGCUGAAACAGAAGAAGAAAAAAAAUCUCAAAUGUUUACCUGUUGCAUCUCCCGGUCAUGUCAAUGCCGCGAUGGCAAUCGACAGGCUAUUAGUGUAUAUAUGAGUGUGUGUGUGUGUGUGUGUGUGUGGGCGGGCAAGUGUGUAUUUGUGUGUAAUUCAUAUGGACCCAGCACAUUUGAAAAUAUGUUGGUUUAAAUGUAAAAAAAUAAAUAAAACUAGGGCUCUGUCAUAUAAAGGUGUGAGUGAAUGAGAAAGAGAAACAACAUUCUUUUUUUUGUGAUUUGUAUAAUUUGAAAAAACACAAUAAGGUGAACCCAAGACAACUCGUGACAACUUGGACAGUUUUAUUAUUUGACAAUUGUGUGCGUGUGCAUGCUCGUGCCUUAUCUGUUAUCCCCCAAGUGAUAGUGUGAUUAGCCAUCAAAGUGCCAGUGUGCCCGUUCUGCCAUAGAUUAACACAACUCGAGGUGUGUUCAACACAGCGCUGGUGUUAGACCACGUUCGCAACAGGAGUCGCUUAAAGAAGACAAGUCGAGCUUCCGUCCAAACCUGUCAGCUUGUUGAACACAGGCCAGCUGUAAUGGAAAAUCACAGGCUUAAAGAAAUCCAUCACUUCCGAAGAGGAUUAAAGCAGCAUUCAUGUUCAUCAAUCAAUUCUGACACAUAAAAAAUAUGAGAGAUAACAGAAUAUUUUUAUUUAAAUGAAGUCAGAUUUGAUUAUUAACUUUUUUUGUUACCGGUAUCGAUCAUUUGUGGAUUCUCAUAUUCAUCUCAAAAGAAAUAUGGAUAAAUCCUCUACAAGCACAUUUUAAUCUAAUUAUUUCAUAUUUGCAGUUUUCACUCAUUUUUUGCGAUUCCCACAUGUAUUGUCAAAUCUGUCUUUUUUUAUUCCAUCUUUCAUUUCAUACAACCACAUACAUUUUCUGUUUCAUUUCUCUAUUUCUGUUUUUCCUGCUGAUCCAUUACAGCCCUGUCUAAUCUAUGGAUCUUUGUACUGUAAUUGUCGUCAUGGUGACAGUGAACAAUAUUUGUCACGGGAGAAAUUAUUUUGGUUUCCAGGCUGAUUUUAUUGAUACUUUGUGGUUUUAUUUUCUUAACUGUAAAAUCUGUUUUCAUCCUUUACUUUUGAUAUGUUGUGGAUUUUUAGUCUUAUAUAUGUAUGAUAUAAUGAUAGUAUACUGUAAUAUCAAUGUGUGCAAACAAUAAAGAGAUGGCGAAUGAA